GGUCCAUCGAGCGAUCUUCCCAAAUAUUUUCCAUUUCAAGGCUUCCUGGAGUUAUUCUAUGUGCUGCAGGGGUCGAAAGUAAGAAACAAAUGGGGGAGACGUGAGGUGAGAUACAGUAAAUGAACUAUGGUACUGAUGACCGAGCAGGGAGACAGACCUUUGACCCCGUUAUCCACACCAGAAGUUUUCAACAAGGACUCCCGAGGGAAUCGAUCGACACCUGAAGUGGAGAAUGGAAGUGAAAGAACACAGAGGAGGCGAGGAUUGUCACCUGCAGACCUCCAGCUGUGCCUGGACACAGAGUCAGAGCCCUCCGAGAGCCGGAAGAAACCGACCGGCCUGAGGUUGAAACCUGUGGAGCAGCUUUCACCCAUGCCGAGUCCAAGCGAUGGAGAAACAAAGUUUGAAAGGAAGAAAUCCCAGCACAGCCGGUUAUCAAAGACAAACGUCCAGUAUCAUAAGAUAUUCAAGGAAGUGAGCAAAGACGAAAUACUCAAACAAAGUUACACUUGUGCCCUGCAGAAAGACAUUUUAUAUCAGGGCAAAAUGUUCGUCUCCGAUAACUGGAUCUGCUUCCACUCCAAAGUCUUUGGCAAAGAUACUAAGAUUGCAAUUCCAGUGAUUUCAGUGACAUUUAUCAAAAAAACUAAAACUGCGUUAUUAGUGCCAAACGCCCUCGUGAUUGAAACGACUAGCGAGCAGCAUGUGUUUGUGUCAUUAUUGUCUCGCAACACCACCUACAAACUUCUGAAGUCCAUCUGCGAUCAUCUGGAGUUGGAGAAGACUUUCAGCAGUCCCAUUCCUUCGUCCUGUGAAAACAGCUUCAGAGUGACCUGCCCGUCGUCACUUCCUCUGGACUUUUCUGGAGACUUCUCUGACCUCCAAGGGGUGGUGCAGCAGAGACGGCAGGAGAUGAUGGAGAGCAGCAGCUCCGGCUCUCAAACUCCAGAUUAUGAGAAAAUACCUGACUUCGCCGGCCUCCCGGACACAUUUCUAAGUGCAGUGAAGAGUGGAGAGGUUUCGGUCCAUGCAGACAUUCACCUCCAGACUCCCAGCCCAAAACAUGGAGCUGCACUUAAGAACGGGUCGCCCAAGCCAGCCCGAGGAGUCACACUCAAAGACAAACCCUUGCAGCCCGUGUCGUUAAACGUCAUCCUCCUCAUCUACUUGUUUUUAGUUAGUGUUCUUGUCUUGUCCUCCUGUUACAUGGCUUUCAAGAUUGUGGCUCUUGAGCAUCGUUUGAACUCCUUGGUGUCCAUGGGGGAAAACGUUCGUAAUGAAAAUGCUGUGAGCCACAGGUCUCAGGAUGAAUUGAAUGCUGAGAUUUACGGAGAACUGUCUACCAACCUGUUCAAGCUAGAAAAGAUUCAAAGAAACCUCCGGAAGCUACUUGAAGAGACUUAAAAGAAGACUGUUUGAUCACUUGCAGAGCGGCAGUGAUUCCAUUUGGUAAAAGAUGUGUUGCCAAAGUGCAGAAAAGCUUUCUUAAAAAUUGUGUGAACUUUAACUGAAAUUGUGCAAUAAUAGCUUCUUUUUCCCCCUUUUUUUUCUCCACUCAGGACUAUUUUAUCACUGUUUUGAAAGAAAAUGUUGUGUAAAAAACAACUGAAGCAGUGUGUUAGUGUGCCAGAGUUAGUGUUAGUAAAGUGAUCUUUUUUAAAGCAUAGAUAGUAAUAGAUAGUAUUUAUCUAAGAACAUUGCAUUUGACAGUAGUGGGAUUUUUUUUGUUGUUUAUUAGUUUUUUUUAUCAGGUCCAUCGGUCCUCUUGCAAUGUUUUCCAAAUAUUUCUGAAAAGGUCAACGUGUGCUGUUCAUGUGUUUUUGUGUUAAGAGUGAAAGUGACAGUAAAUCAUAUUUAUGUCAUGUAUAUAAAACACUCGGCUAGCGAUGUUUCUAUGCUGUUGGGGUGUAAAUGAGAAGUGGUUGCUUAGUGAAAAUAUGUUGAAAUCAAAAGAGUUGAAUUGGUAUUUUUAUUGUAAAUGUGGACUUUUUACUAAAAGCUUUAACAUAAUUUAUUAAAAGUCAAAUCUGUCUAAUUUUCUAACCAUAUCAGGUUUAUUAGCUGAUAUAAUUGAAGAGUGUUUUAUCUAAUCAUAACUUUAAAUUUGUUACCUUAAUCGGUGUCAGAAAACAUUUCCACUGAGACUUUGCUGUUAAAUGUUUGUGUUUUAAAUGAACGGUAGAUACUUUCAGGAUCAAUAGACGGUUUGAGCUUUUCAACUAUGGUGGUUUUGUGACCCUUUUGUUUACAUUCAGUGUAGAUCACAGACUGUGCCUUUUAAAUGUUGUCUGUAUAGCAGCCCUGAAAUAAAUGGCUCUCAUACAUUAUCUAUUGGUUCAUCGCUUUGGUCCAGACUGAAAUAUCUCAUCAACAAUUAGAUGGAUUGAUAAGUUUUGUCUCCAGAGGAUGAAUCCUAAUGACUUAAAUGAACCCAAGACUUUUCCUCUAGCGCCAAACUCAUAAUGCAUAAUGUCUCAAGAACUUUAACUUCAGACGUACGGCAGAUAUUUAAAGGAUUUAAAGGAUAAGUUCACAAUUUUUCAAGCUUGUCUUGAAAUAAUAGGUCAUACUGACCAUUAGAAGAUCAUCUCCAAAUGUGCUUACACUGUAAGUGAUAAAGUCCUCGUUCGGAGCAAAAAUGCAUUUAAAAGUUUAUCUGAAGCUUAUAUGGGGCUUCAGCAGUCUGAAUUAGUCAAAGUAGAUAUCUUCCACAUUUACAGUCUUUUAAGUGAAAAAAAAAUGUCUUGAUGCAAAGUGUUUCCCUGUUGAGCUGUGGUGGAAGUAUAGUAACAAAAAGAGGGACUUUGGCACUAAAAAUACUGUAAUGUUGAAAGAUAUCUACUUGAUUUGACUCAUUUAGACUGCUGAAGCUUCAUAUUAGCUAACAGAGGAUGACUGUAGAUUUUGUCCUCCAUCACUUACAUUGAAAGUGCAUUAUGAAAGGACCCUUCAAUGGCC